CUCGGCCCAGUGCGGCUAAUUUAAAGCCAUUGUUUGUAACGGUUCGCGGUCACACUGGUGCCGGGGCUAAAACGUAAACAAUCGAAAAUUUACUGGCUAUGUUUGUUUUGUUUUCUUUUUCGGCAUAAAAUCGAAACAAAAUCCACAGCAUGUAAAUUGAGGAAACUCGCCGGCAUAGCAGCGAAGUAAAUGCAGAGUUCACAUUGAGUUUGCCCGGAAGCCACCUGAAAAUCAGUCCGCAGGAGCCACCAAGAUGUUCAAGUUAGAGUCCUAUAUAACCCCCAUUCUGCUCAGCUACGUGGCCAAGUACGUUAAGAACUUUCGCGACGAAGAUGCCCAGGUGUCGUUGUGGGAGGGUGAGGUGACCUUUCAGAACCUGGACCUCCGACUGGAGGUCCUCGAGGAAGAGCUGAAUCUGCCUGUGGAGCUGGUUUCCGGGCACAUCCACGAGCUAAGCAUCCAAGUGCCGUGGACCAAGCUCAUGUCAGAACCCGUCAAGAUCGUAAUUAACACCAUCGAGUUUGUAGCCAAGCUGCCGGACGGCGAGAGCAAGCAACGCAGAGCCUCUUUGCAGAGGGAGCGAGAGAAGAGGGCCUCCCUCGAGCAACCGGAACAACCUAAGGGAUCCCCAGCGGCCAGCAGUUCGAGUAUGGUGAAUAAGAUCAUCAACAACAUAGCGCUGCAGUGUCACAACAUCAUUCUAAAGUACGUUGAGGACGACAUUGUGGUCUCAAUGAAUGUCCAAUGCCUGAACUUUAUGUCGGCUGGAGAGGAUUGGAAGGCUGCCAUGGUGGAUGUGCACCCGGUGUCCGUGCUGAUGAGAAAAGUGCUUCAAGUCUCGGAUCUGACUAUCUGCCUGGACAAACGGAAUACGGCUGGUAGGAUCGAGGUUUGCCAGGAGCCAGUUUUAUACCGAUGCACUUUGGAGUGCCGUGUUCUUCGCAAAUACAAUGCCAACACAAAGGACACCUCCAGCACAACCAGAAUAGGCGUAUUCACAAAGUCUCUCGAUAUCAACGUUUCAUCUCUGCAGUUUCCUAUGGUUAUGAGGUUGCUGAAAAUGCUUCUCGACCUGAAGCCGGCUGAAAAGGAAGAAGUACCCGAGAACUCCCAGGAUCAGGAAGAGGCAACCGAGGGAGGUGAGGCUCAGCAAAGACAGGAACCAACUGGGCAAGGCGUCUUUGGGUGGGCAUGGAAUCUAUUGCCAAGCUUUGAUGCCCAGUCGCCCUCCCCAUCGUGUGAUAAUCCGCCUGGACACGCUUUCGACAUUGGUUUGUAUGCAGAGGAGCUCAACUUUCAUUUAAAGAACUCGGAGUACUUUACCGACCAAAGCAUGGGUGGAAUAAAGAGAAUAAAGUAUUCCCCAAUCUUGAGGAUAAGCUUGGGAGGACUCUAUUUCGAGAGAUCCCAGCUAAAGGAGAACGAUUGGGCCAAUAUCAAAGCCGGACUAUCCAGAAUUUACAUGGAACCACUAGGUGCUUAUCGCAGUGAAGAACUCGUUGAUCGUAACUUGAUAAGUACCCAAGAGGUUUCAGAAGAGCGGUCAUUUAUUGACAAAAGCCUUUUUGACGAGCACUACACGCUCUACGAUCGCACGUGGUGCACCUUCAACUACGAAGACUACUUGGCCAGGAACACAGAGGAGUAUAUGCUGUUCCGGACUCCUGUUUUGGCAUUCGACAUCAUCGAGUACCGGGUGCCCAAGACCAACAGCCAUCCCUUAGCAGAGAGCCAGCUGAGGGAUCUGGGAGUGCGCAUCCAAUACCGCCUGCUGUCCGCUGGAAUCACCUUCCACUUUUCACAGUCAUUUCAACAGGUUAAAAAUCUAAUUACCGAUUUAAUUCGCCCUUACGACUACCCAGGAUAUCAUGCAGAACCGAAAAACGCUGCGACAACGCCUGAGGAGCACAAUGCCUCGGGGCUAGAAUUAAUGACCGCGACGGAUCUGGAGUACUUGGUGGGACUGGUGCCCAUCUGCAAUUACAAAAUCGAGCUACGCAACAUGGUAAUCAACUUCUAUCCACGUCAGCAGCAAAUUGAAACUUCGGCGAUCAACCAGCAUCAACUUUCGACCGCCGUUAAGCAAUCCCUGUUGCCCCACCUCCAGCUGAAGGUUUCUUUGGUCGAAGGAAUCGUGUGUGGCCCAGUUAACCCUCAGCGUCUGGUUCAGUUCGUCGUCCCCUUGCAGGAUAAGCCUCGUGAGGUGGUCAAUGCUUGCUACACUUCAUACACCUUUAAUAUGAAAAACAUAACCCUGAUGAUAAUGAAUACAGCUCCAGAAUGUUGUCGAGCCAAAUUCCUGAAUAUUCCACGCAUGAAGGUUAAACUGAAUCGCCUCCUGCUCCCGCACAUGUGGAAAAAAAAUGAGACGCCUCUGGAGACGUUAGAAAUCAAGUCUGAAAUCAUUGCUAUAGAGUUUUCAAAGCGUGAAUUAAUUAUAGCGAACAGGUUGCUACCUCUAAUCACUAGUUUCAAUGCCAAGGACCUCAGUGAUCUUUCUCAUCUUGUGACCCAAGUCAACGUCCACUCGGAUGUGAUAAAAAUGCAAACCUUGGUCACCAAACUGAGCGCGGACUACCACAAAUAUCACUCCCAUAUGUCAGCUAUGGCAUCGAUUCAGAAACUCAAUGCAGAUGCCGUUCACACGAAAAUGAACGCAAGGAAUGUGGUGUUGUCUACGUCCACGACGAACAGUAGCAAGUGGUUAGAGCUGCAGAUGCAGCUUCCCUUGGAGGACGAGACACAGGAGAAAACAGAGAAGAUACCCGGCACGGUGGUGGCUCUGUGGCUGGAACCUUUUCGAGUCACCAUGGAUUUAUAUCUUCUUCAGUUCCUGAACUUUUCUGAUCACACUGGAAAACGGCACUCACAUGAAACUGAAGUAGAGAACGAUUCAGAAAUUGUCAGCCUAUCAGAGCAACCUAUCACGCAAUCAGUUUCAAACUACUCCACGAUAUCAAUGCCAUUGAACGAUUACCAACCGCGGCGGAUCAGUCGAAAUUUGACCCGCAAAAUCUCCGUGCCCGAGGAGACAGUACAUCUAAGCUCGGAAAGGGAUGAACGGCACACCCAAAUGGAGCCAGUGAAUCCGGUGGUGAGCAGUAAGCCUGUUCCAAAAGCCUACGAUUCUUCUGCAUUUGUAAAGCGGCUUAACAACUUGGUGAUUCUGCUUGAGAUUUCUCAGUCAAAAAUCGACGUGUGUGAGCAUAUGCAGCGAAAAUCGCCAACAGAAAAGGAUACGCAGUACACUUCUAUACGGCUGCCUUUUGUGAAAGUAAAAUCUGGCAACGGAGAUCCAAUAUCACGAGGCAACAUCAAGUCUGUAGUUUUUGUGCCAUCCAAACCAGAAUCCUUCAACUGGGUAAUUGAGCUAAGCGAAUUCCAUGUAUGCUAUCGCCAAGCUCAGGUCACCGAAAUGAUUGUGGAUCCAGUAAGAACAUCUAUAACUCUAGCUCUCUCUCAUAAAGCGGACGAAAAACUUGAAAAGAAGAGGGAUCAGGGAAUAUACUCGAUCAAUGUCCACGUAGAUAUGUCUGACAUAAAUAUUUUUGCACAGCGGGUGAAAUUGCUACAUGAGCAUUACCAGAUUAUUUCCAAGGUUUUAAGUUCACUUCAUCCGAAUGAGCCCACUUGCAACUCAUCGGAACGCAAGCCCAAGUUGGAGGUUUAUACGGGCAGUUCUCAGUAUUAUCCCGCUAUCAAAGAAUUCCUGGAGCUGGAUCCCAACUUUCAGGCGCCUCCAAAAGCAAAAGCUCCCAAAAGUUCUCUUGUGGUCUUCUGCCAAUGGACGAUACCACGAAUAAGUUUUGAAAUGGAGAACGCCAUGGGCUCCAAGCACAGUAAAAUAUCAAUUAUCAUAGAGGAUCUUCUUCUCAAUAUUGACAAAAACCGCGAGUUCAAUAAAAUCACCACCAAAAUCGAAAACGUGGGAGUUAACUACUACGAAGCAAAGCAGCAAGACUGGGAAAAGGUGGAAAACAUCCAUGUGAAAAUGCUCGGAGAUAGCUCUAACCUGCCUCUCAUAAGUGUGGUGGUCACAACCGUCAGUCUGGAAGAUCUGUAUGCCAAGAUUGGAGCCAAAAACCCACACAACAAACAACGCACAAUUUCGGAGGUCCUGAUCGAAGUGCAGCCCAUUGAGAUGGUACUAGACUUGGACCAAAUAACCGAGUUUGUAGUCCCUCUUUGUGAGGUGAUUGAAAUUGUAACAGGUUCAGGAACAGACAACAACGCAAGCUCUUCUAGUUCAACAGCUGCUAGUACGAUAACGACGGUCCAGGACCUACCCAUAGUGCAUUUAAAUAGCAAAGGUAUUUUUGUUUACCUUCCACUGGCCACUGGCAAGAAGAGUUGCAGUGUUUUGUUUCUAAGGCUUGAAAGUAUUCAACUUACUCCAAGUCUGGAGAACCCACUUGUGCGGCAGCUCGUAAGGCAGGAUAUCUAUCAAAAAGCUGCAGAGCUUAAUAUGCUCAGCACUCCAGGUGCUUUGGUGGAGGACCGCCAAUAUGAGUUCAGCGUUAGAAAGGUAUCUUUAUCAACGGGGAACUGGGAGCAAACCCAAAAAUACCGAAAGGAGAAGAGCCUGGCCAGCGAGCACAACAACCCAGCCUUCGAGUGGAAUAACCAGACACGUUCCCCUGAACUUGAUCACAUGGAGAUAUUCAAGGACUUUGAUUUUAUCAUGAUCUAUGCUCCCGCCAUCAGCUACGAUCGAUUUUUGGUUUCUGGUCAAAGUAUAGAGUACAACUGUGUGACCGAUUUCGUCGCUGCUUUAAACACCCAUCAAAUCACUCUUGUCAGUUGCAUUAUCCGGCGCUUGCAGGGAUUGCAGUGCAUCCUCAAUAAUUUCUGUAGUAUUGAUGGCUUGAAAGCCAAGCGAACAUCGCACAGGACCAUUGGAGUGGCAUCAGUUCACGAAAUCAUUGAUAACUCGUUUUAUUUUUCAAGAGAUUGCCAACCAUGUACGAAAACCUUUUACAAAAAGAAGCUAUCAGCCAAACACGAGAAUUCUGACAAGUUCUUCGACGUCCGAGGUAGUAGCGACGUCUUCUACGGAUCCUGCCUAAGUGAUUCUGGCGUAUACUUGGGUACUCGCUCAAAAGGAAUCUAUAGAACGCAGUCUUUUCACGGAGAAGACUUUCAGCGAAGUGGACGCGCGCCGUCUGCAUUGAAUUAUCCUCGAAGCGUUUCUUUUGUGGCUGGUACAUUUAUUUUAAAGAUUUAUGAUUUGAUAGAGCUUAACGAUUUGGACGGGACUGUGACGAAACCGCUGGUCCAAGUGAUGAUUUCUCAACCAAGUUUCAUGUCCACGCAAAACCUAAAGGGAUCCGUUACCCAAGCAUCGAUAUUCAACUUUAAUAUAAGCGUUUUUUCUUCAAAAAAGAAUCCAAACAGCGAUUCAUCCUUGAAGGAGUUUAAUGAACCGAUAUUUGACACCUUGCCUGGCCAGCUCAGCAGUUCGGGGAUACCACCACCGUUGCUUACCAUAAAAACGCAAUACGACCGGAUACAGCAAAUGGAAUUAGAUGUUGAGUUGCGGAAGCCCAUUAUUCUUUGGUUGGGCGAGUCGAACAUAAAGCAACUGGCCAGUGACUUGAUUCGAAUCAACACUGUUCUUUACGAGGCUCCAUGCUUUUCAGUUCGAAGUCAACGACCCGUUGAGGAGGGGUCUCAACUGCGGCAGUUGAAGGUGAAUUGCUACAAUGCGGAUAGGCUGCACUUUUCCUGUGACCAAAUCACCAUAAAGUUUUACGACGACGCCCGAACCUACAAAUGUAGUCUUGUUUGCCUAGACCUCAGCACUCGCAUUAAGUUCAGCAAUCGCCCCCAAAAGGCCGUUAUUAGGUCCACCCUCGGCUCCAUUUAUCUUCAGGCCGGGGGUAAGAUGCUGCUGCAUCCUCUGACGAUGCGCUUGUCGGCGGACUUGAUCAGCGAACCAUGGUGUGAUGAGCUUCUUAUUAAUUCUACGCUCAAGAUGAACUUCCUCCAUGUUGAUGCUGGAGUUCAAAGUAUUUUACAAUUGCAAAAAGCCAGGGACGGAGUCAAUCGUAUCCAGGAAUUUUUCAACCAGGAGUGGCAGCAGUUUCUGUACCAUCGUCCAGUUUUAGGUACUCCAGAUGAAGCAUCUUUAAAUACUCUAAUAAAAUGCACUCCAUCAAAGGAGUCAAUUGAAAGAAGCAAAAAACCACCGAAAUCCAAUGCGGAAUUCUACCAAGAUGACCUCCGAGCUGGCGCCUUUCAGUUUGUUUAUUUAAACUCUGAGUCUGUGCUUCCGAUGCCCUACCAAGUUCAGAUUAUCAAGAAAAACUAUGGUAUUAUUUGCUGGCGAUAUCCCCAGCCGCGUCAAAUGACAAGCAUUCAUAUAUAUCCAGUUCCUAUGCCAGUCAGCAGUCCCAUACAUAUCAAGUGCCGCAUGGAGUAUUUCAGUGAGCCACAUGAAGCAUUUCUACAUUACUGUGAUUUUAUGCUUUCGGAGACAGUCACCAAAGAACUGAAGCCACCGGACCGUCCUAUCUGUGCCACUAUUUGGAGGGUUGUUAUAUUGCAAUCCCUUAUAUCUGUAGACGAAACAUGCUUUGACGGAGAUGAAGACGAGGACCUAAUAUCGAUCGACGGCACUCAAUUGCAUCCGGAAUUUAAAGCGGAUGAAAAUAAGGAUUUUAUUUUGCACCCAAAAGUUCUGGUUGGUUGCAUGCGCAUCGAUACCGUGUUUAUGGCCGAAAAAGUGCCCAAACUUCAGUUGCUGCUCCAUUGCCAGGAUAUUGAAGUCAAUUUGUUGAACCAGAACGAUUCCAUUGGUGAAUUGCCAUCCACUUUGAAGGAAUACAAUAUUAAGGAAACGCCUGAAGUUCACCAAACGUUUUUAACCAUUAACGUGGAAGAUUUGCAGGUGCAUUCUGCAAUAUUUUCCAAAAACGAUUUCAGCUUGCAGACUGAUCUGCGAACUCGUAUAAAAUGCUUGGAUUAUGGCUUCCUCAACAUGCUGGAUAUUGUCGAGCCCAUGAAGUUUAGCAGCUAUGUUAGAUUAUGCAACAGUCCGCGUUCCUUGGUGGAUGCGAAUUUUAUGGUGGAUAAGCUCAGGAUUAAUUGUGGUCCGUACGCGAUACAUACGCUUCUGAGUUCCAAGCGCCACUGGCAGGAAGUUAUGCAACAAAAAGAAAAGCGGUGCGUCCUGGUGCCCAAGUGCGUUGUAAUUAAUCGAAUGCAAGUGCCCCUAAUGUUCGGACAAACAGGGACAGUGGAACAAAUAACUUUGGCACCUCGAGAAGCGCACUUCUAUAGCUUUAGAAGCUGUUCUCAUGGACAAGAACUAACACUGCUCAUUUAUAAUCCGGAGACUAAGGAAUUGGAGGCCAGCGAAUCGAUUUCCAUAUCUCUCAAGUUCGAAGAAGACCAGAAAGUAAAGCAUUUACGCAUUGGACAAAGCUGUAUUACUCUUAAAACGGGUAAACUAUCGGCUACACAGAUAUACGUGUUGAUCAAGGGCCAAAUUGAGGUGAUAAGCAUGGUUCCCCACGAACUCAUCACCGAAUUUCGUCUUGGGAGAUAUCCAUACGACGAACAAGGAUCACAGGAAUAUGUACUUCCCUAUAAGAAAUCAGCUUCGUUUUAUCAAAGUAUAGAGCGGGAUGAACCCAUUAAUAUGCGGCUGAAGUUAGCAGCUGGCAUCGGCAAAGGUCGUACAGGAGACAUUCCGCUAAGGAACAACAAUGAUCUGCCCUGGCUGGUCAAGGUGCCCAUCCAGUCUGAAAUCGAAUUUAUUAGUAUAUGGGUGCGUGUCUUGCGCGAAGAUAUUCCUAUAGAAGAUGGGGAUGCAAGCUUCCAACCCCAAAAAGUACUUGUUUGCAUUUGGCCGAUCUUUGAGAUCUGCAACAUGCUGAACUGCAGCAUUGGGGUCACUGAAAGUACCUCCAAUGAGAACACCCAAAUUCCGGGCAAGGGCGGAAGGUGGGCACUAAGCACUCCCACCACCCAUAACAGCGUCCACUUUAUUACCUUCAAGUAUCCUGGGGUUCUACGAGGUACUUCCGAAAGUAUGUACACGCUGAUGCUAAGCAACAUGGACUGGCAGAAGUUCUUCCAUUACGAUCCCAAGGUUUGGACCAUAGAAAAGGCCCUAGAUAACCUGGGAAAAUCUAAUAAGCCCAAGUGGCCCUUAAACGAUUACGAAGAGAUGCGAGUUCGCCGCAGAAUGCCCACACCAGAAUCGUAUGAUGUGAAAUACCUAACGGGGCCAACCAGAGAGUUCUCGUGCACCUUUGGGUUGGAAGUUACUGCUUGGGCCAUGUUCAUCAAUGCCAUCGAUCAGGAUGUGUCCGUAUACUUGCUUCCAGAGCAAGCGCACUAUAGAAUUGCAGCAAACUCCCUGGACAUGCUUCCCAAAAUCAGGACUGCAUUUACUCUUAAUGUACGCUGUGGUGCUGAAUGGAUUAGGUCGUCGCUUAUCUGUUUCGAGGAGCUAUUACAGCCUAAGAAUCAAAAUGCUGCUCGAACGUUGUCACUACGAUGCAAUUCCUUUGUGGAUGUGGUUAUAGUGCGGAACGAAGAGGUGCUGCGAUUGGUUCUAGAAUACAGGUUGGAGGCGGACGGAAGAAGGCUGUUAAAGUUGCGCUCAAAGUUUGUGGUCACUAAUUUCACGGACGUUGAUUUAAUCGCCUUGCCCUUGGCCAUGGAUCACAAAGAAACGAGUACGCGAGAGGAAGUCGAGGCCUUCUCUCUAGCCAAAAAGCCUUGCAAUAUUCAAUCGACGGAUCUAUCCAAGAACUGUACUGGUGUCACCAUGGACUGUUUUUAUGACCUCCAUGCCCACAAAGCUAAACACAACUGUGAUACUGCAUUCGUGUAUUUUGUUUGCUUUAAUGUGGGUGGCCAUCGGGACGUUUCCAUACCCAUUCCUUUGAGCAUUCCCUUUACGAGACGUUGCUUCAGCCUGCAGGCAGGACCGGAGUCCAUUCCCCUCAUGAUUACUUUAAUAGAAAAGGACGGUAUCCACUAUCUGAAUGUUUUCCACGACAAAGCUCCGGCGAUAAUAAUUAGCAACAGCACCAAUGUUAAGUUUAUAGUUGCCCAAACCAGUGCAUCUGGCAAUAGCAAUGUUACUUGCACGAAUUCAGAAUUUUUGGGCAGGAACUUUGAGUGGAAUCAGUUGGUCUUACCCCAAAGCAGAUGCUAUUACACCCCACCGCAGAUGUAUGCCAAUUUUCCAGAUGUGGACUUCACCAUGUGCAAUUUAUCGCUGGCCGUUUAUAGCAGUGGCUGUGCCAAGAACAAGAUCGGUUGGUCGAAGCCUUUGAGAACUGACAAAUCGUGGAAAAAGUUCCUGCAUAUACCCAAGUUUGGAGACGUCAAGGUUGUUGUCUGUGAUAAGCAUCGUGCCAUACGGGUGAACAUCUACUAUAUAGCCCAGCAGCUAGAGUUUUCGGUCAAGGACUUGCGCUCGCGACUAAAACAGCCGGAGAACGGCGAGCUUCCAGCAGAAGAGGAAAAGGAAAGUCAAACCGACAUUGCUGCGAUAGAUCUGCUUCCAGAAAUGGAGACCUGUGUUCAUUUUAGUGAAGAGUGCGAAACCAAAACCAUUACCAAGGUCAAAGUGUUCAUUAAGAGCUUUGUAUUUAGCCUACAGACGGAUGGUCGGGAGAAGGACUUCCUGAAAACGGAGGUGUGCAAUGUAUAUGUCGAUGAUUCAAUGAUAGUUUACAACGACGAUGACGACCAACGCGAGUUACUGGUGCAGCUGCCGAACUUGCAGGUUGACAAUCAAUUGUACUCCAGCGGGAAGUACGAUUUCCCAGUCUUGCUGUGUGCCCAGCAACUUUAUAAAAGACAUUGUGGUCUGCCGUCCAUCUACGGCUUGGAUUGUGUUUACCAGAACCAAAGCCUGCGAAGCCAUGUCUCGCUCUUUACUUUCAGUUUUUACCAAGAUGAAAUGCAACUGCAAAGUGUGAGGUGCCAGAUUCCCCCGUUUAGGGUAUACAUCGAAGACGCCUACCUUAACCAGCUGCUGGAAACCUUGGUAGAGUGCGAACCGUCCAAUUGCGUGUACAGCCAUCCCGAGGAUGAGGACCGAAUCAAGCUAUCCCUGGGUCAAACCCUGCUGCCUGAGCAAGUUGUGGCUCAAUCUCUAUACAUAUCGGAGCCCUUGCGACUAAACAGUUUCACGGUAGAGCCACUUAGUCUUCUACUUUCCGUCCAUACCUCUUCCAGGCUAUACAUAGCCUUGGAUCAUUCGCCUCUCUCCUUCUCUCGUUACGAACGACAGCAGAUUCUGACGGUGCCGCUGCGCUUUGGACAAUCCCUGGGACUGCAUUAUCUUAGUGGAGCCAUUUUUGGUGCCGGCUGGGUGGUGGGAUCCCUGGAAAUUCUGGGCAGUCCCAGCGGACUGGCUCGUUCGUUUAGCACUGGACUGAAGGACUUUGUGUCCAUGCCCGUGCAAGGACUCUUUCGAGGUCCGUGGGGUUUCUUAGUGGGAGUCACCCAAGGAUCCGCCUCCCUUUUGCGAAAUGUUACUGCGGGUACUGUGAAUUCCGUGACCAAGCUGGCCGGUUCAGUGGCUCGGAAUCUGGAUAGGCUAACACUGGAUGCAGAACAUAUUGAACUGACGGAAGCCAGGCGACGUGCCAGACCCCAAGGAUUUGCAGAUGGACUUACUCAAGGUCUAACUGGUUUGGGAAUCAGUCUUUUGGGCGCUGUUGGAGGACUUGCGCAUCAUACGUUGGAGGCUCGAAGUUCUGUGGGCGUCAUUGCUGGACUUACCAAGGGUAUUGUUGGUGCACUAACCAAGCCCAUUAGUGGAGCCGCUGAAAUGCUGGCCCUUACCGGCCAAGGAGUGCUGCACACUGUAGGCUUUAAUGCCAUGCCGCAGCAGGUGGAGCCCAGCGUGACCAGGAACUUGGCGUUGCAUGGCAGUUCCAACCGCAUUUGGAACUAUCUUCCGGAUGAAUUGAGCCAAGAUCAGGUGCUUUUCUUCUGUGAAAUUACGCUGCUGGUUGGCUCCCAGCUACGUCCGGCCCUUCUGUUUCUUACCUCUUCUAUUUUGGCGAUUAUGCAAUCGGAUAGUGAAGAUCUAUCGUUUGCUUCUCCAGUUUCCAAAGUGGAUAUAGUAGCGGAUCGCGAAGACCCCAGUAAACUCUAUGUAAGCCUAAAAUCGGAGCAGAGGGAUGAUCUGGAGGGGCAAAACUACACUAACGAGCGGAUUAUGAAAUUCCUUAACGCCUCUCGACUCCAGGGCAUUGCCCACGAUUCUUUAAGCGAUCUGCUCCAAGUCCCUGAACAGGAUGCUCUGGAUCGAAUGCAACGGCAAUCAAAAUGUAUAUUCUUCAUAAAGCCCAAUAUAGGUGAACAUCUGAUCCACUAUCUGAAGGUGAUAAAUCGGAUACAGGAUUGAUACAAAAUUUUUGUCUUAGCGUGUGUGGAUUAGAAUAAAGUAUUCCUAGAAUCAUGUGUAUUUUAUGCCAAAAAAACCAAUAGACA